GACGCCAACCGAGAGCAACCUGUAUAGGUAUCGAAGAACCUGACGUCGAAUUUUUUGGAUCUCCCUCAUAUGGUCGAGGGCGAGCUUGGUACAAACGACAUCCUCACACAGAAAAGAUGCACAUGAUGCCGGUCACACCCCCAGACGGAAACGCCGGUCCCUCAACGAAUGAUCAACCCCGUGUACGAACUGGUAUAUUCUUUCCAGCCGAUCCCAGGAUGGUAUUCCACCCGCCUAGCGGCGAUGUGGGCGCUGACAACCCACCUCCUGGACACACCUACUUCAAAAUGCCCGCGAACGAUGACGACGACGGUUGGGAGGAGCUCGCUGCUUCUAUCUUUGAGCAGAAUAAGGCCAACAACGAAAUGCAACUUGAAAGUCAGAAAGCUCACAGCUGCGCCCGCAAAGGAUCGGGUUCUUAAUUGGCAUGACGCCAGCCCGCGCAAACAUGAACUUGCAUAUAACUGGAGAGAAGAAGACAGGGUUACGCGAACCUAAACUGGCGGUGGGGUUAUGUGAUGUGUUAGGAGAUGGAUGGACGACCGAAUGGACGACCAAAAAUACCGCAAAUGGGUGAGAGAGUUGCCAACGUGCACUUUCAAAGAGACGUAUGCCAUUGAAUGUACUGCGGAGAACGAGAUUAAGGACUUGGGCUAUUUGUGUAGCUAGAUGUCCAAUGC